CGGUAGAUUCAGCAGUUGCUGUAGUAGCAGACUGCAGCAGCAGCAGCAGCAGCGAGCGAGAAGGCCAAGGCUUUUUGUCCUCCGCCUACGCUCCUCGCUUGCUUACUCAGAGUUCACGUUCCUGUGUUCCUAUUAUAAAUCCAUUAACUACGUUCCCUGUUUCCACUCCACUCUUCGCUCGCCUGGAUGCCGCCCCUCACCAUGACAAGCCUCUUCUGCGGUUCCUUCUUUCUCUUCCUAGUGCUCCUCACCGGAGCCGACGCCGGCGGGGAGAAGAAGGCCGCGGCUGGCUGGAAGCCGUGGAUGGACACUGGUGGGCUGAGCCGCGCGGCGUUCCCGGCUGGGUUCACGUUUGGGACAGCGGCGUCGGCUUACCAAGUGGAGGGGAUGGCGCACAAGGACGGCCGUGGCCCCAGCAUCUGGGACGCCUUCGUCAAGAUCCCAGGGCAGAUUGCUAAUAAUGCCACCGGCGAUGUCACUGUGGACGAGUACCAUCGCUACAAGGAAGAUGUGGAUAUCAUGAAAAAGAUGAAUUUCGAUGCAUAUCGGUUCUCGAUCUCUUGGUCCCGGAUUUUCCCAGAGGGAGCAGGAAGAGUGAACUGGAAGGGAGUGGCUUACUACAGCAGACUGAUAGACUACUUGAUCCAGCAAGGCAUUACUCCCUAUGCAAAUCUCUAUCACUAUGACCUCCCAGAGGCACUAGAGAAGAAGUACAAUGGCUUGUUGAGCAAACAGAUAGUGGAAGAUUUCGCUAAUUAUGCAGAUUUCUGUUUCAAGGUUUUUGGCGAUAGGGUGAAAUAUUGGAUGACAUUCAAUGAGCCAAGGGUAGUAGCAGCUCUUGGCUAUGAUGAUGGUACAUUUGCUCCUGGAAGGUGCUCAAAGUGUUCAGCUGGCAACUCUGCUACUGAGCCUUAUAUUGUUGCACACAAUUUGAUUCUAUCUCAUGCCGCGGCUGUUAGAAGAUACCGCGAGAAGUAUCAGGCUCAACAAAAAGGUAGAAUUGGAAUACUCUUGGAUUUUGUUUGGUAUGAACCACUGACAGAUUCAAAGGAUGACCAAGAUGCAGCACAAAGAUCAAGGGAUUUUCAUAUCGGAUGGUUUCUGCACCCAAUCAUUUACGGCGAGUAUCCGAAGUCAAUGCAAAUGAUUGUUCGCGAAAGGCUACCGAGAUUCACAGAAGAAGAAAUCAAAAUCGUCAAGGGUUCGAUUGAUUAUGUGGGCAUCAAUCAAUACACUGCCUACUAUAUAAGCAAUCCUCAACAUCCCAACCAAGGAAAACCCACUCGAUAUCAAUCAGACUGGAAUGCUCAAUUUUGGUACGAGCGCAACGGUGUGCCAAUUGGUCCAAGAGCACACUCCACCUGGCUUUACAUUGUUCCAUGGGGAAUGUACAAAGCUGUGACUUAUGUCAAGGAGCACUAUGGCAAUCCUGUUGUAAUCUUAUCAGAAAAUGGAAUGGACGAUCCUGGUAACGUCACUCUUCGACAGGGUCUGCAUGACACGGUCCGAAUCAACUACUAUAGGAGCUACAUAAGCCAGCUGAAGAAGGCGAUCGACGACGGUGCCCAUGUCAUAGGCUAUUUUGCGUGGUCCUUGCUCGACAACUUCGAGUGGAGGUCAGGAUACACGUCAAGGUUUGGACUCGUCUACAUCGACUACAAGACCCUCCGGCGGUACCCGAAGAUGUCAGCCUAUUGGUUCAGGCAGGUGCUGCAAAGAGGUAAUUAAGAAGCAGUGAUUGGUCAAGGAUGACUGCGCUGUUUCAUCUCGCUACGUAGUGUAUCAUGUAGCUCUGCUGAAGUAGCUGCCGACAGAGCUUGUAUUCGAGCAUGCCAAUAAAGGAGGUUUAGACGCUGUCGAUCGUGGAACCUUUUGUUUCAGUCCAAGUCAAUGCAAUUCUGUCCUAUCUUUAUGUUAAAA